CAAAAUGUCACUGUCAGUGUCAUUUAUGCGGCUCCUGUGAUUGCGAUAAUCCAAGCAGUUUGAAAAGAUAUUUUUAUUUAUUUAACUGAAAAUGUUCUUAUAAAGUUUUCUGAAUAAAAAUGAGCGAAAGUCAGGAGGAAUCAGACAGAACAGAAGAGCGAAGUGGUAUAUUCAAAGAGAUUCGUUUUUUUGUUAGCGGUGAAGUGGACGAGAAGGUCAUUGAUGUAUUGAAGGAUGAUGGUGCCGAAAGACUUAAUUAUUUUUCUGAUUAUGUUACUCACUUGAUAGUUGGUGAAAAUCCUGAGGAGAAUGAUAUAGUUGAUGCUACUGAUGUUUAUGAAGUGCCUGCACUUACUCCAAAAUGGGUUCUCAUGAGUGCGGCAUUGAGGAGACUGGCGUCUACAAAACCAUAUUUAUUCAACCCUGACCCAAAGCUCUUCUCAGAGCAAGUUUUUUGCUUCAGCGGCAUUAGAGAAGACCGCAACUACUUAUGGUCUUUGAUCACCUACUAUGGAGGUACAGUACAGUUAAACCUUAAUAGAAACUGCAAUUUUUUAAUUGCUACUGAAACAGAUGGGGUAAAAUAUAAGAGGCUGAAAGCUUAGGCUCAGAAGUAAUUAAAAUUGUUACACCAGAUUGGGUCAUAAAUUCUGUUAAAAGCCUAUCACUUGCAGAUCCAGUUUUGUUCCAUCCUAAAUUAAUAAAUUGGCCAAAACUAGUAAAACAAGAUAGUACUACUGCAAUAACUGGAUUUGAACCUGAGCAAAUUGAACCUGUUGAGAAAACAGAAGAACAAGCUAUUUCAGAUUCUACACAAGCUCUGCUGGAUAAGUUGAAGCAGCGAAUGCCAUGGAACCAACCAAAUACACCUCAAACUACAUCUUCAUCAGACCCAAUAGCGCCUCCAAAUGUAGUAGCUCCAAGUUUUCUCCAAAAGACAAAUCAGCAACAAUCCAGUCAGUCCCCAAAAUUACAACAACCUCCACAGCAGGUUACUCCACAAUCUCCAGUAUCUGGAGGAUUGCCUUCUGUACCAAAAUCUCCAUCUUCCUCAUUGCCUUCAUCAUUAGCUAACCAACCAAUACCAAGAAGCAUAGUACAUCAUACACCCAAUCAACAGAUGACCUUCCAGCAGUCUCAACAGCCUCUUCCUUUGAGCGUUGCUAGAAUGGUUAGCCAGCAACAAUCAAGGCAAAAUAUUCAACAGCUAAGAGGCCAGUUAAGUCAGAGUCAGCUACACCAACAACUGCUUCAACAAAGAAUGCAGUUGCAAAAUCAGCAAGUUAUCCAGAAAACAUCAGCUGGUCAAAUACCUCUUCAACAACAACAGGUUUUGCAACAACAGUUGGUACAAGGUCAACUGAACCAAAGACAAAUAUUACAGACCCAACUGACCCAAAAUCAGCAGCAAGUUAGUCAAAGUCAACAGCAGAUUUUGCAAACUCAGCAACUUGGCCAGGCACAGCAUUUGAGUCAACUAAGUCAACAACAAUUAGCACAGUUGCAACAACAACAUCUACAACUUAAACAACAGCAACUUGCCCAAAAUCAGCAAUUGCAGCUGAACCAGCAGCAAGGUCAAAUGAACCAAAGCAUUGCUCUUUCAAAUCAGCAGCAUCUAAUUUCUAACCAAGUAUUGAAUCAGCAGCAACAACAGAACCAGCAAAACAGUCCACAACAGCCAUCACAAAUGAGUCAGGGACAAAACUUCAUUCAACAUAAUGUUAAUCAGCAUAUUACAUCUACACAUGCUCAACAGCUGCUACACAAACAGCAGUUUGUAAAUCAGCAAGUAACAUCUGGCCAACAAGUAUCUACAGCACAACAACAGUUGGUGCAAACUCAGGCAAAUGUUACAGUUCAACAGUCACAACAGUUGGUAACCUCAACUUUCAAACAAAAUCAAAUUGUUAAUCAAGACAUUCAACAACAGUCUAACAUCACCCAACAGCAAAGUGUUAACCAGCAAUUGAAUGUCCAUACAUUAAAUCAGCAGUUGAGCACUCAGAAUUUAGGCCAGCAAUUGAAUCAACAACAAUUGACUCAACAAGCAACUCAACAAAGCCAGUUGGACCAGCUGAAUCAAGAACUGAAUCAGCAGAUAAAUCAGCAAAGUCAAAUUAACCAGCAACAGUUGAAUCAACUCAAACAGCAGAGUAGUCCUACUGCACAGCAAAUUGUUCAAAGUCCUAUCAAUCAGCAACAGUUAUUGAGUCAACAACAGAAUCAACAAUUGUGCCAGCAACAGAUUCUUCAAAACCAGUUGAAUCAACAGCAGUUGGGCCAGCAAACCCAAUUGAAUCAGCAACUUAUACAUCAACAACAGAUAUCACAACCUAACCACCUAAAUCAACAAGGUCAUCUUGGCUCACCACAAAUUGGGCAACAAAAUCAAUUAAAUCAACAAAAUCAGCUGAACCAGCAGCUGUUAGAGGAUAUACAAGCAUUGAACCAGCAAUUACAACAACAGUCAGUAAACCAACAGAGUAUUCAACAGCAACAACAGUUGCAACGGCAAAGCUUGCAACAGCUGCAAGGCUUAAAGCAGCAACAAGUUUUGCAACAACAACAAAACUUGCAACAUGGGAUUGGUCAAGGUUUGCAACAGCAGGUGAUAACCCAGCAAACACUUCAUCAACAACAACAGGCUCUAAAUCAGCAGACUAUUCAGCAAGGAUUGAAUCAGCAAAAUUUACAGGGGAUGAAUCAACCUGUGUUGCAGCAACAAGCACUGAGUCAACAGAACUUGCAACAGCAACAACUCAACCAGGUGGUGCGCUCUCAGUUCCAACAGCAGUCUCCACAGCAACAACAGCAGGCUGGUGUUAUUGGUCAACAGAUUCUGAUAAAUCAGACAUCUCCACAAAACCAUCCCCAACGAGCUCAGAUUGGCCAACAACUGUGGGGACAACAACCUGGACAACAAAUUAUAAGGCAUCCUGUUAGUGUUGUACAACAGGGUGCUCCCAGGGUACAGUGGACGACAAACCAAGGCGGUGCGGUGCCUCAGAGGCAGUUUAUCCAACUGGAUGCGAGAACACACAACCAAUUACAAAAGAUGCCUCCAGAGGAGCAGGCUCUUUUUGUAGCUAAACUACAGAGGCAGAGACAACAGCUUAUUAAACAAGUGCAGCAGAGAGGUGGAAGUGGUGGACAUAUACUUAUCAGAGGCAAUGUUCCUCCCGGGCUAACAGCCCAACAGCAGGUACAGUGGUUACAACAGCAGGCCAAGCAACAGGGCAUCGUUCUACCCCCAAACAUUCAGCAACAGCAACAAACUGUCGUUCCGGGCAAUUCUCCAGUCGCGGGUGCCCCCCUUGCUGGGCAGCUGCCUAAUCAGCAACCUGUACCUGGAGCACCAGGUCUUAGUCCUAUCAACCAGGGGCCCGCUCAACCUCCGCCACCUCAGUUUGCUGCUGCCAGUGCCGAUCAAAAUCAACAGCAACAAUUACAACUUAGACAGUAUCGGUUACAACAACUCCAGUUGCAAAGGGAACAAGCCCAGAAGAAUCACUUAUCACAGCAGCAAGGUGGUAUAACUCAACAAACAGUAGUUCGGCCUAUCAAUCAGCAGCAUCUAGCGGACUCAACGACGAAUCCUCAAGUGCCAGAUGCAGCGAUGCAUUCUCUGGUCGUAAAUCCUAAAACUAAAACUGCUUUAGCCAAUAUGUUGAGCAUUAAACUGCAAAGUGGAGGAGCUGGGACUAUGGCCGUUCAACGUCCUGAUACUAUUGCUGAACCCUCUGCUGCUGGAACACUGAGGCUUAUGACUGCUCAGCAUAAUGCUGCGUUGAACUCCAAACCCCAAGAAAUAAUUGCAUUGCAACGUAGAACUAUUUCUGGGCCUAAUGGGGAGAUAAUAAAGACACAGCAGUUACCAUUAUCAGCAAGUAGUGAACCGCCAAAGUUGCAGUUUACUCAAAAACCUUCCUUGCCUUUGCAACACAGGCCAGGACCAUUUUAUGGGCAUAAUCCAAACCUGAAGUUACCACCUGACCUGUUCCUAUUGGGUUGCAUAUUUGUGGUAGUAGAAGUGGAAAACUUCCUGGAGGAAAAUGCUCCAGGUUGGAGACAGAAAAUUGAAAAACACGGAGGUGAGAUAGAAAAACAGUAUUGUAGCCGAGUUACGCAUGUUUUAUGCGAGACUCAACGCCACGGUGUUGUCAUGCAGGCGCUGCGUGAUUGCAAAAGGUGUGUCACUGUUGUGUGGUUGAACGACGUCAUGCAAAGGAAGCAAGUUUUACCGCCAUGGACUGCGUUGCAUCUUCCUAAUAUCUAUUUAGAUAUUGCUCCUGCAUCUAAACAUCUAAUUGCAAUCAGUGGAUUCGAGGGAAAUGAUAGAAACAGGGUUAAGCAGAUGAUCAAAUACACGGGUGCAAAGUGUACAACGUAUUUCUCCAAACACAAUACGCUGCUGAUCUCUGCAAAAGCGGACUCAAAAAAAUGCCAGUACGCGAAAAAAUGGCAAAUACCCGUGGUGAAUGUACAGUGGCUUACCGACAUCAUGUUGGGACAUUUCACAGCUAUGAAUCAGAUGGAAAAUCAAAUAUACCAACAGUAUCCCAAUCCACCAAACUUUAGCUUUGAUCCAAAGCUGGUUCCUAAUUUGAUGAUGGCAUGGAAAGCACCAAUAAAUAUAUCUCAAGAGUCUUACGAGAGAGUAAAAAGAUCUGCAUCGCCAGUGAUGUUACCGAAAAAAUAUAAAAAAGCAAAGACAGAAACGACUGAUGAGAAUGGUAACAUAAGUCAAGAGCAAGUUACCAGCUCGACGCAUAACAUUCUAUUUUCUAUGUUUCAUCAUGAUAAUGAAUUGGGGAAAAUGGUUAGGGAAAUUGGCGGCUCAGUAGCGAAGGACCAUACCAGUUUUACACAUCUUGUGAUGCCAUACUUGGCACGAUCGAACAAACUGUUCUUUGCUAUCGCUAAGGAAGCACAUAUAGUUUCUGAACAGUGGCUGAGAGACUCGUAUGAGGCUAAAAAGUUCUUGCCAGAGGAAAAUUAUACCUUGAGUGCCAAGGAAUUCAAUAUGAUGUACAAAUGUGAUUUUGAUCAGACAUUGCAGACCCGAAAUAGAUGCAAACUGUUGGAGGGAAAGUUCUUUUGGGUCACGCCUAGCGUUAUUCCCAGCAAAAAGGUAUCUAAAAAAAUAUACUUGAUAAACCAGAAUUUUUCUAUGACCUUAUUAGGAAUCAGUGCCUACCUAGGUGUAACGCGUUUCCUUUGAUAUUUUGGAAGAGUAUAUUUUUAGAGGCUUAUACAUGUAUCUGUGAUCUAAACGAAAACUCAUUUUCUGUGUGAAUAAAUGGAAU